CUAUGGCAGAUUCACGAAAAAAUAAAGAAAAAGGUCAGUAUAAUCAAUGGGGACCUGAGGAAACAAAAUUAUUGAUCGAUCUACUUGUAGAUGCAAUUCACAGAAACUGGCGUGAUAGUAAUGGUUUAAUAACCAAACUCACGGUGGAGCAAAAUUUUUUACCUGUACUCAAUGAAAAACUUGGAUGUCAGAAAGAAUACAAGCACUAUCUAAGUAGAAUAAAGUAUUUGAGAACCAUAUACCAAAACUAUGUGGAUCUUCAACGCUUCAAUUCAAGAUUUGGAUGGGAUCCUGAAACGAAAAAGUUUACUGCUCCAGAUGAAAAACAUCCUUCUCAUAAACAUAUGCGGUAUGAUUCGGUUGAACAAUUUGAGGAUUUGCAACUCAUCUUUGGAUGUGGUGUAGCAACUGGUGGUUUUGCUAUUGGACUGAGUGAUACUACUGAUGCUCGUACCUUUAGGGUUGGAGAGAGUAAUCAAGUGAAAGAAAACAUAAACCUUCAUCAGAGCACCGAUGAAGUUUUUGAAUUAUCAUCUCAACAGCAAUCAACCGAAUGUGAUAUGCCAUCUUUUCCAGUUCCAGGUUUCAAAGGUCGUGCUGAAAAACUUCAUCCGAGAAAGAGGUCUAAAAGGGAAGCUACUAAUGAUGUAGAUAAGCUGAAAAAUGAUCAGGACGAUGCUACGAUCAUAGUUAGCAACAAGAUCUUUAGUGUCAUACAACAGAGAGAAGAAAGACAACAAAGAGAAGCUGAAAAAAGAGAAGAAAAGUUAAAACGAGAAGCUGAAGAAAAAGAAGCUGAGAGAAAGAAAGACAAUAUAUGGGAAGCCAUGAAAGAGAUUCCUAAUUUAGAUAAUCAUACCCGCUACAAAGCUAUUACCUUGAUUCAUUCACUAGGAAUGAAAAAUGUCUUCAAAGACAUGACAAUAGAAGAACGUUUCGGU